CACCAGCCUCGGGAUGCGGCUGCUGCUGCUGCUGCUGCUCCUGCCCGCGGCCACAGGUGCCUGGGUGCUGGAAGGUCACACCUGUGCCCCGCCCUGGCAGGCCGCGCUGUUCCGGGGCCGGCGCUUCAUCUGCGGGGGCACCCUGGUGGCGCCCAGGUGGGUCCUGACGGCGGCGCACUGCCACGCCCCCGGCCCCAUCACCGUCCGCCUGGGCCGCCCCACCCACCCCCAGGUGCGCCCAGGUGAGGCCUCUCCCAACCCCCCCCCUCCAGGCGAGGCCUCACCUGCGCCAGGCGAGCCGGGGGCGGGGCCGGGCGAGGCCUCACCUGCGCCAGGUGAGCAGCGGCGCCUCUCGGUGCGCACCUUCCCCUACCCCGGCUACAACGAGAGCUCCAAGGACGGCGACCUGAUGCUGCUGCGGCUGCAGGUGCCGGCGCACCUGAGCCGCCAGGUGAGCCCCCUGCCGCUGGCACGCACCUGCGCCGCGCCCGGAACCACCUGCCAGAUCUCGGGAUGGGGCUCCGUCACCAGCCCCACAGUGACGUUCCCGCAGGCCCUGCACUGCAGCCAGGUGCGGAUCGUACCUGAGCUCACCUGUCGCCGCAUCUACCCCGACUCCAUCACCCCCAACAUGGUCUGUGCCGGAGAGCCCCAGAGCCGCGCCGACACCUGCCAGGGCGACUCCGGGGGGCCCCUGGUGUGCAACGGGCGCCUGCAGGGCAUCACCUCCUGGGGGCCGGGGGUCUGCGGGGACCCCCACAAACCCGGCGUCUACGUCAACCUCUGCCGCUACGGCCGCUGGCUGCACCACACCAUGGCCCGGAACUGACCCAAAACCCGCCCGAUUCGCCCCAAAAAUGGACGCGCCGGCCACAGAAACCCCCGGGGGCCACGAGCCCAAAAAUCCCAAAAAUGCA